AGACGCGACUGCUGGACGUACUGGACGACGCCCUGACGUAUUUUUUUGAGAGAGAGUUGGCUCAUAAGUCGAGGGACAAUCUUGCAGACAACAACAAAGCGGAGACCAAGAAGGUUGAAUCCCCAAUGCAGGCCAGUAAGCCCGACACGGAGGGACAAGUCAUCUGGCGCAAGAGGAAACACAAGGCCAUCUUCCUUGAUAGCCUCGAGCUCCCAAGCCAUGAGAGGUUCCGGUUCUGCAAAGCUAUUGUAGCCGGACGGAAAGCCGGUAUCGAGGUCGUCACUGCCGCCACGCCCGCUUCGGAACAGGCCAUAUCAUCGCUGCCGAGGGGAGUGACAGAGAAGGACCUCGAGUCGAGUCCAUGGAGAUGGGAGGGCAGGGUUCAGAGCCUGCAAAUCAGCCCGACAACCGGCAUGGGGCUGGCAGGCUGCGGCAGCUGUGGGAAGUGUCACAGCUGUCUUCGUCUCUACCCUGAAGAGCUGUGGAAACUGAGAGAUACUGGGACGUAUUUCAAGGAAGAGAAUUUGGCCAAGUGGAAGAAAGAGGAUGCCGCAAGAAUCGCGGAAGAGAUCAAGCAUAUGAAAUCAGGGAACAAAAUAUGGGGCUAUCUCUGAAAUAUGAGAAUAACGCGCGAAAGACUCGGACGUUUUUUUUAUCAGAUGACUAAACCUAGAUAGCUGAUGCACGGGGGCUUUCCUUUUGUUCAACGAUGCUCGCGCUGUUUCACGAUAAGGGCACCUUAAUCCUAGUAUGUGCUUCUGACUUGAAUCUAAAGCUGACUAGUGUCCUUUAUAAAUAACUAUCACCC